UCAGUUACGAGCAACAUGCUGCAAAAAAUGAAUUCUUUUAUCGAGUCGCUGUGGGACGUUUCUCGCUUCGACGCCCACGUGACGACGGGCGACCACCGGUACGCCGGCACCGACUCGAGUGUCCACUUGCAGCUGGUGGACAAGUCAGGCGCCGAGUCCGAGGCCACGAGCCUGGACAGGUUAUUCGUCAACGACCACGAACGCGGCCAGACCCACUCGUACGGGCUCAAAUCCAAGGGGCUGCAGACGCCGCUGGACCAGCUCGAUCACAUCAUUAUCUGGAGAGGAGCCAGCAUUACAGGAGAUGACAAUUGGUUCCUCGACCGCAUCGAGAUCGAAGACAAAAAAGAAAGACAUCGGUACAUGUUCCCGGUGCAGCGGUGGAUCGAGGUGGAGCGGCGCUAUCACUUUUACGAAUUCGACGCGUUUCUGCCGCAAGACGACAGACAGCCGGAAAUUCGGUGCCUCGAGUUGGACCGCAAGAGGAAUUUGUAUCAAUUCAGGGAGACAAUCGAAAGGGGGCCCAGACAGAUUAAGGAAUUGCCUGACGAAGAAAAGUUCUCGGAAAAAUAUGAGUUUGAUUUGUUGACGCUGAAGGCGAAACUAAUAGCCAGGCAGUACCACCUAGAGUUCACAACUGAAGAAUGGGAUUCCCUGGAAGAUGUGAAAAAUAUCUACUUCCCAGAUAGCACAUUUUACAAACCGGAGUGCUCCGAAUAUUGGACCGAAGAUCGAUGGUUUGGGCUGCAGAGAGUGCAAGGGGUGAAUGCAGUUAUGAUUUCUCUCUGCACCCAAAUCCCAGCAAAGUUUGCUAUUGAGGAGGACAAAAUCGAGCCGUUUUUGGAGGGAAUCCCUUUGAAAGACGCCCUGCGGAGCAACAAAAUUUUCAUUGUGGAUUUCAAGAUUCUGGAUGGAGUUCCGUGCAGAGCGGAAAUUACGUCAAAGUUGGUUGCGCCGAUUGCUUUGUUUUACCUGAACAAACGGAACGAGCUCAUGCCGAUUGCGAUUCAGCUUUUCCAAGAGCCGUCUGGUGUUAAUCCGGUUUAUUAUCCCAGCGAUCCGCGUCUCACCUGGAUCAUGGCCAAAAUGUUUUUCAACAUGGCCGAUGCGCAAAUACACCAGGCUUGCACCCACCUGGGUUACACGCAUUUGUUGAUGGAAUCGUUGUGCGUUGCGGUUCACAGGCAUUUAUCGCCAUCACACCCCAUCUUCCGUCUCCUGGCGCCUCACUUUCUCUAUUUGCUGAUGAUCAACGCACGCGGCUUGGAAAGAAUAAUUUCACCCGGAGGAUGGGUAGAUAGCGUCAUGACCAUGGGCAGUCCAGGAAUGCAUGAGCUCAUCAGAAGAGGUUUUAGUCAGUGGCGUUUGGACGUCCAGGGCGACUUGGAAAAGGAUUUUGAGUCCAGAGGCGUGCUCGACCCCAAAAUCCUCCCUUACUACCCCUUCCGUGACGACGCGGUGCCGUUUUUCAACGUGAUUAAAAAUUACGUCAAGAACGUGGUCAAUUAUUACUACAACAGUCCUGAGAAACUCGAAGGAGACUUCGAGGUGCAGCGCUGGGUGAAAGAAAUGGCCACGUCGCAGGCGGAGGGCGGCCUUGGGAUGGCAGGAGUGCCAGAAAAAAUAGAGAGUCUCGAGCAGUUGGUGCAGAUCUGCAGCAUCGUCGUGGCUACGUGCAGCAUUGGCCACGCGGGCGCCAACUUUCAGCAGUACGACGUCUACGGCUUUGCGCCCAAUUACCCUGGACUCUUGAACAAAUUGCCACCGGAGACAAAAAGGGAAAUGACGGAACAGGAACUGGUUGCGUUUUUACCAAAUAAAACCGCGGCCCUCGACAUGAUGGUGUUAACAAAAAUUUUGAGCACAAAAGGAACGAAGAGCCUCGGCGACUUCGAGGUGCAGUACCUCUACGACCCUUGCGUCGUCCAAAUUACCAACGAGUUUCGUUUGGAAUUGAAGAAGCUGUCGCAAGAAAUCAAAGUGCGCAACAAGACGAGAGAGUUCAAAUACGGCUGGCUCGACCCUGAAAUCGUGCCCAACUCAAUCAGCAUUUAAUUUUUAAUGAAAAACAUGUAUGAUCCGAGUUUUGCGCGCUUUUUUGUUUAUAUAUAAUGACCCAUUUUUUACGAGAUAAAGACCGCCUAGACAAAAAUGCUUAAUAUCAUUGAAGGAAAAUUAAAAUUUAAUAUAAACCCAUUUUAAAUAAUUUUUAAUUGGAAAUUCUUUCGAGGAUUUGUUCUUCUUUCAUCUUAUAGUGUAUCGGAAUAGAGGAUAAAUUAAUAAACAAAAUAGUAAGUA